AAUCAAACUUGGAGAUUUGGCAUUACAAGGAACAGCUGCUAAAAGUAGAGGGUAGAAAAGUAUCAAAGGCAGGAGAACGAUAGAGAUGAUGAUCGUCAAAUUGAGCACUGUGAAGAUGCAGAGAUCAUGGCAAGUGCUGGUGCUUGUCCUCCUUUCACUCUUAUCACUCCCAUCCUCUUCCUUUUCGAGCGCAGAGCUGCCGCCUACGGCGGAUGGAAAGGUGUUGGAGCUCGACGAAUCCAAUUUCGAUCUCGCCAUUUCAUCAUUUUCUUACAUAUUGGUCGACUUUUACGCCCCAUGGUGCGGCCACUGCAAGCGUCUUUCUCCAGAGUUGGACGCUGCUGCACCUCAGCUUGCCAAAUUGAAGGAGCCUGUAGUUCUAGCAAAAGUGAACGCUGACAAGUUUACUGGUCUUGCUAAAAAAUAUGACGUUGAUGCCUAUCCUACAAUCAAGAUCUUCAUGCAUGGCAUCCCAGCAGACUAUUAUGGACCAAGGAAAGCGGAGUUAAUUGUCCGUUAUCUGAAGAAAUUUGUUGCUCCAGACGUCUCAAUUCUUGAGUCGGACUCAUCAAUUAAUGAGUUUGUUGAAGCUGCAGGGCCUUACUUCCCUAUCUAUUUGGGAUUUGGUUUAGAUGAGUCUGUUAUUUCUAAAUUCGCUAUUAAUUACAAGAAGAAGGCCUGGUUUUCAGUGGCAAAGGGUUUCUCAGAGGAUAUCAUGGUGUCUUAUGAUUUUGAUAAAGUUCCUGCUUUGGUUUCUAUCCAUCCAAGUUACAACAAUGAACGGAGCAUUUUUUAUGGUCCCUUUGAAGAACAAUUCUUGGAGGAAUUCAUAAAACAAAGCAUGCUCCCUCUCGUUCUGCCCAUAAACUACGACACUCUUAAGCUACUAAAAGAUGACGAGAGGAAAAUAGCGCUCACAAUUGUGGAGGAUGAGGAUGAUGACCAGACAAAGAAUUUAAUCACUUUAUUAAAGGCUGCUGCAUCUGCAAAUCGCGAAUUGGUGUUCGCUUAUGUUGGGUCUAAACAGUGGGGAGAAUUUACUGAUUCAUUUGGAGACAAGAAGACCACACUGCCAAAAAUGGUCAUUUGGGAUGGGAAAGACGAUUACUUAAUGGUUACUGGUUCAGAGAGCAUCAUUGGGAACGACUAUGCAUCUGAAAUCUCAAAAUUCAUUGAAGGAUACAGGGAAGGGAGAACUGAAGAAAGAAGAGUAGCGGGUCCUGCAAUUAUUGGCUUCAUAAGUUCACUCAUGGGCAUCAGGAGUGUAUACAUCAUUGUAAUUAUUGUUGCAGGAAUAAUGCUUUACAGGACCAAAGAUGACAAUAACGAAUAUCGCAGAGUCGAUACUCCUGCUCGAGACCAGGUUGACCAAACUAGCAGCUCUAGCUCACAUGUUGAAAGGACUGAAUAUAGGGCCAGUGACAAGGAAGAUUGAAUGUGGAUUUUGGUGAAUUUGUCAUUAGCAGGACCUUUGAACGGCCUAGAAAAAGCAGACAUGGCAAGUGAUGAAGUUAUCUUGGAAGCGAUGGCUGUGAAAUAACUGAUGAAAUGUGUAAUUUGGUGAUCAACUCCGAAGCACCGUUUAGCCUCUGCGAAAGAGAGCAGAUAUUUAUUAAUGUAUGCUCUUCUGCUUGGUUACCCUUAGAUUUGGGCUCAAUUGAAUCGACUGCUGCAAUUCACUUCCACUUUUCAUCAUGCUUACUCUUGUAGGUAACGGCAGCCUUUUUCUUUUUUUCCUUUAAUAUUUGGAAGUAUCCAAAUCAGAUUCUCUAUAAUAUUCGACUGUUAAAGAAAACUCAUUGUUGAUAUCCUUAAUGGUAUGCUUCUAUUAAUGUGUUA